AUGCUGGAAAAGGUGCUAGGCAACCAAGACAAAGCAGAUAGAACAUUGAAAGGGCUGACAGAAACAGUGGGAUCUCACACGGCUUCUAUUCAGAAGCUCGAGUGGCAGAUGCGAGAUAUUUCCAGAGAACAACACCCUCCACAGAAGGGAGGACUUCCUAGUGACACUAUUCUGAAUCCGAAGAAUGGAGAAGGUGGUUUAGACCGUGUAUAUGCCAUCAAUACUCGGAGUGGUAAAAUAAUCCAAAGUGCUGAAAAGAAGGUGAUAAAUCUUGAGCCAGUUGCUGAAGAAGAAGAGGCACAAUAUGAUUUGCCAACAAUCGUUGAUGAGGUCCAGAUAGAAGUUCCUAUUAUUAAGCAGGUUGAUGAUGUUCCAGAAAGUUUUGAAAAGCAGAAGUACAGCCAUGACACUAGGAAGUCAAUGAUUUCCAUGAAUAUCCCUUUUAUUGAUGCUAUCAAAGAGAUGCCUAGAUUUUCAAAGUAUUUGAAAGAUUUGCUGACAAAGAAGAGGUCUGUGAAGCAUGAAACCAUGAGUGUGACUCACCGUGUUAGUUCUAUUAUAUCCAUCACCAAUGUUCAAAAGAAGGAAGAUCUGGGGGCCUUCACUUUUCCUUUUUUGGUUGGUCAGCAUGAUUUUGCUCGCGCUUUAUGUGGUAAUGGGGCUAGCAUAAAUUUAAUGCCACUUGCUAUUUAUAAGAAAUCGGGAUUGGGGAUGCCUAGCCCAACGACUAUGCGAUUACAGAUGGCUGACAACUCUAUUAAGAGGCUGCUUGGUAUGGUAGAUGCUGUUCUUGUGCGGGUUGGUGAUUUUUUGUUACCCGCGAAUUUUGUGAUUCUUGACUAUGCUGUUGAUCGGGACAUUCCCAUUAUUUUGGCGAGACAUUUCCUUGCUGCAGGAAGGGCUUUUAUGGAUUUGGAAAAGAAUGAAAUAAAAUUCCGAGUCAAUGAUAAGGAGGUGAAUUUCCAGCACCCAAAGAAGCUAGAUCUUGAUCUUGAAAAUAGAACAACCCCUCUAGCAAAACCAUCCAUUGUUGAUCUACCUAAGCUUGAGCUUAAGCAGCUGCCUGCACAUUUAAAGUACGAGAUUAUUGGCCCCGCUAACAUUUUGCAAGUUAUUGUGUUUGCAUUGCUGAAUAAAGAGUAG